AUGGGGCCUCUCGCCUCGAGCAAUGGGCAGGCCUCAGCACCCCUGUGCGAAGGGGGAGCGGCAACCCCACGCCGUUACACCCCAGAGACUGCAGCAAGAGCGGCUCCUUCAGGAGCACGAGCAGUCUCUGCUGCUCUCUCAGCAACAGUUGCUUCCCCAGCCUCAAAACGAGGCCCCCCCAGACCAGGCGGCCUCCUCAGGGCAGUGGGGAGGGGGAACGCUCCAGUAUCUCAUCUCGCCCCCUCCGAACCUCGCGGAAGAAGAACAGCCCUACUACCACCACAACUGCCAGCACCAGCACCUGCAGGGGCCCUCAGUCACCCCCCUGAGUAUUACCGAGACAAGACCCUUAAGCUGGCUCAUGAGGCAUCCGCCUUUUCGCUUCUAGCGGAGGGCUGGCCGCUUAGCAAGUUCGAAGCUAGCGAUGUCGUGGUAUUCAACAAGAGUCUUUAUUUUGUAUGCGAUUCGACGUUUUCCCUGAUGAAGACUGGAUUUGGUCUAGAGCCUUUGUCUCCAGAAAACGAGCUCAUCGGACUGCCGGAGAGGAACGGAAGCCUUGAGUCCGACUGGGAGGCGCUGUGGGUGGACGAUGUGACUGGAGUUUUCUACGUCGUGAGAGAGGCGAUCACCCACAAUUUCGAUGAAGAAGACAGGGAGGAGGCGCUAGAGACUGAGCAGCCGGAGCAGCCCAAGGCCCAAAGCCAAAAACGAAAAGGCCGCAAGAAACCUUUCCACGCGCACAUCGAGGAACUCACACUCCAUGGAAACACGUAUACGCUAGAAGCCACCUGCACGACGGAGUUCUCCUUUUCCGCUGGCAACAAGGGCCUCGAGGGCCUUGUAGGCUUUCGCGGUCCAAAGGGAGAAAUAUAUCUCCUCGGUUUGUGCGAAGGGAAUUUUUGCAAGGGAGGCGAGAAGGGGCGAACUCCAGGCAAUGGACGUAUGGUUCUCAUGCAAAAAGAGACGGAUGGCCAGAAGUGCACCUGGAAGACACUGAAGGUCCUCGAGCUGCCCUCCGAAAUAUCCUUCCCGGAUUACUCGGCUGUAACAACGCGCGGCAAUCGAAUCGCCAUCGCCUCUCAAGAGGGCUCUACCCUUUGGAUCGGCAAGAUCAAUCAGGAGGAGGUCACGGAUGACAAGGGACAGCGUUCUGUUGUACUGUCAAGCCCUGAAGAGUUGGAAGUCUUGCCGGGUGGCCGCGUGUUGCACUUCCCCAGGGAUGAAAGUUGCGAAAUUAUGUACUGCAACAUCGAAGGAAUCGCUUUUAUCAACGACAGGUUGAUUGCAGCAGGUGGGCAGUUCGAGCGCCCGACCUCCAAUGUUGCGGUGACUUGUGGAAUCCAUUCGACAGCUUUUCCAAGCAGAGGGAGACGACUGACGGGCGAGCCGUCAGAGUCUGCUGCUUAG